UUGCUGACGGAUCAUGAUUUGAUAUUUAUGAUAAGUUAUUAUAUACUCUUUGAUUUGAAGUGGAUACUAGCCAAAUGUGUUAUUUUUGUGAUGAUUCUACGUUUUAUUUUUAAGAAUGCCAAUUCAGGCUCCGCAAUGGACGGACUACCUCAACUGUCCAGUGUGCUGCCGAGAGUUUGGCCAUCCUCCUAGGAGCCCUAUUAGCUUAGGAUGCGGUCAUACACUCUGCAAACAAUGCCUCAAAAAUUUACACAGAAAACAAUGCCCUUUCGAUCAGACCGUAAUCCAAACAGAUCUGGACGAAUUGGUGGUCAAUACUGCAUUGCUUCAACUUGCCGGGUACAGGCCGCCUGCGGUGCCCUACCAUCCUCCAUGUAUUCAGGCACUGCCGGAGCACGAGAGGCGGGCUUAUGAUACUAUAGUACACUGCUUAGAACAACUUGCACUCUACCUGUAUUGUAGUGGCAACAAUGGUAUAGCCAGUACAAGAUUGUCAAGACCUAUGCAGCGUAAGCUGGUGACCCUGUUACAAUGUGCAAUGACUGAUGAAGAAGGCAGAGGGCGAGCGGCGCGCGCUGCCAGAUCCUUAGGCGAGAGAACUGUGACUGAACUAAUAUUACAACAUCAAAACUCCCAACAACUAAGUGCAAAUUUAUGGGCAGCAGUGAGAGCUCGUGGUUGUCAGUUUCUUGGACCUGCUAUGCAAGAGGAGGUCCUCAAAUUAGUAUUGUUAGCCUUAGAAGAUGGGUCAGCAUUAUCACGAAAGGUUUUAGUGAUGUUCGUAGUCCAAAGAUUAGAACCUCAUUUCCCUCAAGCUUCCAAGACUAGUAUAGGUCAUGUUGUACAACUACUCUACAGGGCUUCCUGCUUUAAGGUAUCAAAACGUGAAUGUGAUUCAUCGUUGAUGCAAUUAAAGGAAGAAUUUCGGACAUACGAGACAUUACGUCGCGAACACGACGCUCAGAUUGUUCAGAUUGCAACGGAAGCAGGUCUGAGGAUAGCCCCGGACCAAUGGAGUGCUCUUCUAUAUGGUGAUACGGCACACAAAAGCCACAUGCAAAGUAUUAUAGACAAACUGCAAACACCACAGUCAUUUGCGCAGUCUGUACAAGAAUUGUACAUAGCGUUGCAGAGGACUGGAGAUAUAGCACAACUGGUUGCUAUGAGCAGGCAUCUCAACUAUCUUGCCACAAUUGAUAUAAGCCCAGAAACUAAAGGUCCCACAUGGAUACAAUUAUCAGAAAUAAUAGCGUCGAUAAAAGAAGUGAUAUCCUGCCUGCAUUUUUGUCACCAUAUAGCUAUAAGAGACGCCAACUGUGCUGUGAGACAAAACGGAAUGGAUCAAUCGGGCAGAGGUAUUAAUAAUAAAAUAAGUUACAAAAUGCUGACCUGCAGAGAUUCUGCUACCAGAGAGUUUUGUCCGAGACGAAACAUGUGCCCUCAUUUACACAUCGAAGAAGAAUUUGAAAGGAUUGAUGCAAACCGCACUAUAGUUAACAACGACGGAACAAAUAACCACGCUGUACCAUUAGCAUUAAGUAUGCCAGCUCCAAUUCCAAUAGCGGCGAUGCCACAACAGAUGCCACAGCAAAUGACACCACAGUUUGUGCAACCAAUACCAAUUCCUUUGCCUUCUCAUGUAUCUCUAACGCCCAUGCAAUUGCCGGCCGGGGUGCAAUUGCAUCCCCCUGUACCCCUACCAGGACAUAUGUACGCGCAAUACCCUGUUGCGCAAACUGUACCUCACCCAUAUAACUGUGUUCGACCAGUUACCGCUGUUCCCUUGAUACAGCCGAAUGGUGCUAUGAUUCAGAACCCGUCCGGACCUGUGUGGUUCAAUCCUUUUUAUGCUGGUUACUAUCCACAUGCCGAUGGGAAUUGCUAUCCUGCUCCAGAAUUUGUACAAGGUGGAGUUAUGGUGCCGCCAAACGGAUACCAAAAUGUCGAAGGACCGCAACCAUCAGCGGGGGGAAAUGCCUUUGUCCCACAACAAUAUGAUCCAGCAAGAGCUAGCCCAUAUAGUAUUGAUGGUGGUCACGCGGAUGGCUCGCCGGAUUACAAUGUGAGUCCGUUCAACAUGCACCAAAAUAACGUGAACCAAGUCCAAUCCACGUGGUCGCAGCCUAACAACAUGUAUAAUUUUGCUGAUAUGAGAAGUGCACUUGAUGCAUUAAGUGCAGUGGAUGAGAUCUUCGCUGGACCCACAACGGCUGCGACAACAAAUAACUUAGUUACAACGCCUCACAAUGCAGCUGACCUCGACGGCUCUGAUGAGCAAGAGUUAGAAGAGGAAAUGCAGGCGUUAGAGAUUCGCAUCGGUGCCGUUUUGAAAAGUGCCGAAUAGAUAACGCAUUAAAACGAUAUUUACAGUGUCCGGAAACUAGCACGAGCGUCCGCAAGUCAAGACCAUCCGGAAAUAAUAUGUCUAAUAGACUUACCGGACGACGCCAUACUCAACAAAUGUUAACCGAACCAUUCUUUAGGAUAUGAUUUCGAUAGUUGUUUGCAAAGACAAAGCCAUCAGUUUCUCCAUAGAGGUUGCUGAAGCGCAACCAAACUACGGAAGAUAAUUGGUCUACUUAAGGACCUGUUAAGGCGCGAUGGAACCUAUGGUGUAGUCUUGGUCUUCCAUACAUUUAGCGACCCGUAACACUUUGUACCAGUAGCCUUCCAGUAGCCAUGGAACGGGGAUCAUGCAACCCAGCUUUUAAAGAAACGGGACUUGUUUCCGCCCGAUAAAAGACUUUUUAGAAUUUUUUUCAGGUGUUCAAAGAACCGUUGUUUUAUCAGCUGUUACAUACCUUUGUCAUUUAUUAAAAAUAUUGUUAUUAUUUAUUUAUUUUUUUGAAUGAUAGGCAUGAGAUUUUAUUCGUGUAUUUAGACACAGGACACAUUGAUAUUUAAUUGAACAAUUUAGAAACCAGAUUUUAGCUGCAUUCUAUAUUGAGCCUUGCUGACAACGAUUUUAUAAGCACUUGUAUCAAAAAGUUAUAUGUUUCUACGACUUAAGGUACGGGUCCAUUUACCCGCACUAGACGCAUCGCAUGAACAUAUUUUCUUUGCCUUAAUACGAUUCGGGCUGCGCUGGCGCUGAUGAUAGACGCAUCUUUAUGUUCGUCGUGCGCAGGCCAAUGGACACGUACCUUUAAACUAACGAACGUUUUGUUUCUCCGACUAGUGUUACAAGUUCCUUUACAGAGUUUUAAAUUGUCAAAUUUUAGGAAAUGUCUUGUCUUGUAUGAUAAUUACCGGACGACCGGACACGCUGUAAUAUCAGGUGUAUAACAACAAAGGCAGAUCUAAAAAAAGUAAGCUGUAGGUUUUAAAAAAAAUAGUAAGACUGUAAAGUUUUUAUACGGGUACUAUUGUAAUGUAUUCCAUAAAGUGUGAUAUAUUUUAAAUGAUGGAUUUUAUCUAAAAGUAUAUGUACAUUACAAAAAAAAAUAUGAAGAGAAUUUGGCUUUAUACACCUGCCUUUGCUAUUAUACACAUUGCGAGAAAAACUAUAUUUUAUAUAUAUAUUUUUAAUUUGUCUAUUUAAAAAAAAAACGAAUGAAAUUUUAUUGUUAAAAAAUGUUCACAUAGAACAGAUUUUUCAUUAAUCUUUUACAUGUCAAUGAUUACAAAUUUUAUAUUUAAUUUUAUUUUAAUUAUGUUAUAAAGAAAAUGUCCUAUUUUAUGUCAUAAGUUAGAUUAACUAAUAAGAACGGUUGAAAAAUUUCCUACUAGAAUAACUACGGUAGUUGGAUUAACGUUUACAUACUAUUACGCCGUUAACAUUCUGUGUUACAUGAUUUGUAACUUUAUAAUUAUAUGAUAUAUGGACAUUUUCUUUUAAUAAUUUUCCUAUGUGUUCUAAAUUUUUAUGUUUAAAUUUCAUUUUUAAUUAUAAAGCAUCAGGGCCGAUUGGCCUACCGAUAGGAAAUUCUCAUUGAUUCCAUGGAUUUAAACGUUAAAACGAUCUGCUCCAGGGAAAACACGUUUUAGGUUCACAUUUUUUUAACAAUCUAAUGAAGACUUCUUCAAAUGAGUUGAUUCUUUAAUGAUUUUUUAACAAUAUAAAAUGUAUUUACAUAGAAUUUGCCUUUUUAAUCCAAUAGGUAAAUAAUAAAUAAGGUAUUUAUUUAUUUACCUUUUUUUAAUUGAUGAAAUUAGAUUAUAAAUGUAAUAUCAGUGAAAAUUAGGCGUUGAUGUUAUAACUAAUUUAACGAGCCUGCUUUUAGUGUCUUAAUAAUCGGCUGUCAUCAUUAAGCUAAAAUGUUUAUGAAAUUCAAUUAUAAAAAGAGCAUUUGUGAUGUGGACAUAUUUUUUUAUUCGAGAUUGUUAACUUAAUAACUAAUGAAAAAAAAAUUGUUUCGUUAAAAUCGUACACGAUAUAGACUGAAUUAGUUCAGAUAUAUUAAGUAUAUGUUUGUAUAUAUUUGCCUUACGAACCAAAUUGGCUUUGCUAGGUCUGCAAUUAACGCUAUGGCUUUCAUUUUCAACAUGUUUAAUUAAUUUUGUUAGUUAAAAAAAAACUAUUGCGUGGUAUAAUUUAGUUCCUAGAUAAUAUGACAGAUUUUAAUGUGUUCUAAAAAUCAAUUGUGUGUAUAACACACAUAUUUUGAACGGGGUUUUAAUGUCUCAGUGUAACUUUUUACUCGUAUUAUAAAUAAUCGGUACGAAUCGAAUGUACUUCUACCCACUUGUUAGAUUCAAUAAGUAGCAAGCCACACGAGUGUUGCGGCCGCGCGGCGUAUUAACACAGAUUAUAAAAACCUUAAAUGCUCAUAUAUAACAUUAUAAGACGCAAUAACUCUUGGUUUCUGUGGCUUAAAUCUCUGUAUUAGACAUAUCGUCAUCCCUGUCAUUAUCUUUGGCAAAACAGAGAUAACAAUAUGUUCUAAACAAGGAUUUUGGGCUCAGAAACUCACGUGUUUUGCUUCAAAAUAUAAUUAACCGUCACAGCGUUUGAGUUGUUUUAUGAAGAUUCUGAGUUUUUUUAUUAUUUUUAGUGUGUUUCUGCGCGUGCGCCGCGCUGUCGCCGCAUUGUCAUUAUAGUUUAUCUUGUAAUUGUCAAUGGUAUGCCGUUCGGCAUCAGUUCUAGCAGAGUCCUAUUUGGUCAAUGAUUAUUAUAGAGAUAGGUUUACAUACUUGGUAUAUUAGAAGCGAGGUUUAAGGCUGGUGAUACAUCUAUAUAUUUGUCUAUGUACAGAAUAAAAAUAUAUUUUUAAGAUUAUAAGACAAAAACUAUCUGAGAGAUUCAACUCAACGCCAAUAUAAUUUUCAUUUGUACCAUGUGAUUUGAAGCAAUAUUUGUGAAUUUGUGACCAUGAUAUAAAUAUGCGUAGAUAAAACUUUAGGUAAAGACUGUAGCUUGCCUGUUUGAACUUAUAAAUAGCCCGAGUAAAUGCUUUAUGAUGUAUAAAGAUAGCAAUCGAUGUUUUUAACUUCAGACUGAUAAUAUUAAUAUGUUUGUCAAAACAAUAAUUAUAUAUUAUUUGAUCUCAGAGUAUUCUGUUAGGGUGUAUUAUGGUGGGAACGAGUUUCUAGUUCGUACAGACGCUUGUAACAAGCCAUCUUAGAACUCGUGCAAUAACUAUAUUUAGUGAAGAAAUAUGUAACGGAAUAUUGCACAGAAAUCUGUCCGAUAGAUCUGUUAUUUAUAGUAUGACUAUAAGUCAUCAUUUUGUAUAGUAUUUGCCAAAUUUAUUUUGGUACUCUUCGUCCUAGAAAGAUAAUUAAUUUAUAAAUAAAAAUAUAAUUUAUACAAGGUCUGUUUAAAGACCUGAAGAAUUCGAGCUGAAUUUGCAUGUUCCGUAAAGGUACAUUUAGACAUCAUCUGGAAUCGUAACAACAACGCUAGUGAGAUAAACUUAUGUGAAAUAUAUACGUUUGUCUCGCUCUGAAGCAACCGCCGAGAGUUUUUCGUACGAUUUCGGAUAAUGGCUAAACGAAUCUAUAGGCGGAGUGACACGAGAUACUCGGCGAAGCUCAUCCGCACGGAGACUGCAUAUUUAAUUCGUUAUUUCUAAAAAUGUAGAUUUAAUAAAAUUUAGAGAGAGAUAUUUAUUUCUUUAGUAUAAGUUAGUGGCUGUUCAAGUGCAAUUUUGAAAGUUCGCUUUAUUUAUUUCUAUUUGUAUUUCUACACUACACUAUAGUAACAUUGGAUUGCACUUUUUAUUAAUAAUAAAGCUGUGAACAUACCAAAAUUGUAGGUAGUCCGUAAAUCUCGCAUGACAUCGAUUUUCUUGCAUGGUCACCGUAUUAUUAAUGAAUUCUGAAUUAUCAAGUACCAAUAUCUAAAUAUUUUUUGAGGACAUAACUUUAUAAUGAUAAUAUUUAAUUACGAUAUUAUUAUUAUUGUUUUAUUUUAAUUGCUAAACGCUUUGGGGAUGUGUUUAAUUCGAGGAUUAUAGGCAUUCGAGUAUAAAGUGAUGUGGUUUACUUUGUAUCACAAAAUCACAAAAGACUUUUAAUAUUUAUUUAGCCUAAAAUAUUUUACCAUUGGGCGUGGGGUUGUAUCUUUUAGUCUUAUUUUUAUAAACGUAAUAUUUAAAAGUAUAUGUAAAUUGGUGGCGCAAAGUCCCCGAUUAUAUACUUUUGUCUGCAUUUGUUUAAGAAUGCAAAGAUAUUCUUCCUUUUAUAAAAUAUUUAUAACUAACGUAUAAGCAAAGAAAAGCAAUGUAAUGUAUUAGAUAAAUACUAUUCAUAUAUGUAUUUAAGCUAUAAAACCUUGUACUAAGUUUGUGAUGUAUUUUUAAGAAGUCAGUACAAUUAAUUAUUUGAUAUUAGAAUUUGUAGAAUUCGCUUUUGUCGGAAAAAAUAAAUGAUUACAAUUGAAAUGUGUGUGACAAUGUACAAGGCGACAGUUCGCCACACAUUAUAGAACUGUAGCAAAUACUGUUUGUUAAUAUUUAGAUAUUCUUUUGUAGAACAGGCUUGGAGCCUGUGUGAUGCAUUUUCCUAAUGAUUUUUUUUUGUAAAACUUGUUUUGUUUUUCAAGCU